AGAAGUAACAGCCGUCGUAUUACGGAAAUGCAAGAUAAUGCCAUAAUAUCCAACAGAGUAAAGUAUCGUGUAAUUACAACUGUAUAUACGCGUGUUCGUAUUAAUGCUGUACUCUACUGUGAAUUAAUUUAAGGCGGAACUGGACCAGACUGACGUGCUCCUCGGUUGUAUUUUACUUUGAAAGUCCCGCUUGCUUCACAUUUUCUAUUCUUGUGCUUUACUGCGAUAUAAAUUCAAUGGUGGAUGCAAAGGAGCGGUGAUUAAUUUCGGUUUCGUAUCAAUUAUUCUCGGGAAGAUGCGGCGGCGAACGCUGGCCGCUUUCUUACUGGUCGCCUGUGGACUGUUUCUCCUCUUCGACUCAGCUGGAAGCACGUUCGGUCAUUACAAAAUUUACACGCCUUACGGAACGGGUGACACGAUUAUGCAGACCUGGGACGCCCAUAUCGGCGCCAACUACAAUCAGCCGGAACGGAAAUGGAUCGUCGAGUGCUUCGAUGGGGAAGCGGUUAUUGGUAUGGGCAAUGGUGAUGAUUUCACACGUAUAUGGUGGGUGUGGUGCAAGUUCAUGUUCCCCUAUAAACCGCCGUCCCAGGGACUGUAUCCCUAUUAUCCCAGCUGCCAUGUGCGCAACUUCACCAUACAGUUCUUCUGUUAUACGGCGCUGCAGCACGAGAAGACCGUCAACACCUUCAUAACAGGAUUUUACGGGAAACAGUGGAAUUUUAUCAUGAGCCGUGCACCGCCGCCACCGCCCGGUGAUUUAUUAAAUCCUUACAAAUGCUGCAAGACUCCGCCGGGAUAUUAUAUCGACUAUACGGCAUGCUAUUACCAGCCAACGCACGACCAGUACUGGGAAUACUACGACACGCCCUCCUACUUUCUCACCUUCUGCGCCACCGGCUACGUGAUGACCGGCCUCCCUCGCAAACUGAACCCCUACACCAACCCCGACUCCCACAUCGACUGGAUCCAGUGCUGCCGCGUCGGCUUCGGCAUCAAACCCAUCCAGCCGCCGCCCCGCAGCGACAACACCACCACCUACGCCCCGCCCACCUACUCCCAGGCCCCCCGUGCCUACGCCUACCCCCCACGGCAACGCGGCGGUCCCAUGGCGCAUUCCCGCUUUCCCGUCGAUCCCGACAGCCUCCUCGGGGGGCGGGCACUGGACCGGGAGCUGGCCAUGAACCCGCAGCUGAUGGGGACCAACCUCUAUCCUUGGUCUAAUGGGGAACCGGAAGGGGAGGUGCCGGGAGAGCUGGACGUCCCGUAUGGGAACACCAGUCAACGGCCGGUGCCGGAUAGUGCGUAUCUCAGUCAAUUAAAGGCGUUUUUCGGUCCGACGGAGGACUCGGUAACGGCCGGAAGUGCCGCGCAGGACCCGGCGCAACCGCUGGUGAAUUACGAUCAGGAAGCUAUGCGUCAUAUUUUAAUCCCGUCAAUAUCCGGUCUGGAAUUCAGCAUGGGUCCGGUGUGCUGCGGUUGGUGGCGGAGGACGCCGGUUAUUAUUGUUAUUGUUGCGUUAUGGGGAAUCAGUGUUGUUGUGGCUGUUAACCGGUACUACGGUACCUAUACAGUCUAUGGAUCGGGUGAUACGAUUAUGACCACCUUCCAUGCGCACGGCGGCCCCAAUCACCCGCACCGGAAGUGGCAUAUUGAGUGCAUGGACGGGGAAGCAGUCGUGGGAAUUGGAGACAUCAACGAUGACUUUCAGAAAUUCGUGUACAUCUGGUGCAAAUUCAUGUUCCCUCAUAAACCGCCCACAAACGGCUUAUAUCCCUUUUAUCCCAACUGUUACGUGCAGAACUUCACAUACCAAUACCACUGCUAUAAUCCCAAAUUCCACGAUGCCACGGUACACACCUUCGUUACCGGAUUCUGGGAUAACGACUUCCAGUGGUGGACGUUCCGAGACGUGGUGGACUAUCUGCAGCCAUACAAGUGCUGCAAGACACCGGCGGGAUAUUAUAUCGACUAUUCCCUGUGCUAUUACUUCCCCACGCACGACAUCUACGGCGAGUACUACGACAACGUCAACCAGAUCAUGGUCACCUGCGCCACCGGCUACGUCAUGACCGGCAUCGGGAAGAAGCGCGACAAGUGGAACGACGGCCCGAUUCCCAACAACGGCAUGCAUAUCGCCUUCAUCCAGUGCUGUCGGCUUGGAUACGGACCAGUGCCUAGUUUCCGACCACAGAAGCACACCUACACGUACGACUACUACGCCAACAACGACUAUCCCGGUAAACCCAGCGGCGCCUAUGCCGCGCAGUACCAAGGCCGCAAUCUGGGUGCUUCUGGUAUCCCGCGCGGAUAUGUCGGCUCCGACCGGCAGCCGGAGCCGGAACGCCAAGGAAGAUACCUGGGAACCAACGUCGACGAGGACGACCUGUAUGACCAUCACGCCCAGAGCUACGCAGAGAAGCCAUAUGAUAACCAGCCGGAACAGCAUAAUGGUGAACAAGCCCGGUCGCAAGAAAUGUCGCCGCAACAGCCUUAUAUUCGACUGGAAACGUCGCAGUCGGCAUCGGUACAGGGCGCUCCCUUGGUGGGACAUAUAAUGGCGUCGGAUGCUGCCCAUCAUGAAGACGAUGACAUGGACACACCGUACAGUGAGGGCUGAGCCAGCCUAACUAAAUUAACUGUUGUAAACUAAACGAGAAGCUUGUUCCACUGGUCAACCGAAAAUGUUCUUGGGUUUCUCGUAGGUUUCUUGUUAAAAAUUCUGCAAAGCUGUGAUCUCUAUUGAGCAAUUGAUGGUUUGCUUUACAACUGAUUACUUAUAUACUUACUCAUACUGUAUAUACAGUCUGUAGUGUCUGGGGUUAUUGAGC